AUGGAGACACUGAACUCGAGAGAUUUCAUGACAUCUGGACUCAAAUGUUUCAAUCUCAUGACGGAGACAUUCCACACCCUUAAUCUCAGAGUCAUCGAGAUGCUCGAGGCAUACAUCAAUGGCCAAUUGAGGGACCAGCCAGCCGUUGCAGCGGUCAUUCAAAACCUAUUUCUUCAAUUUCGCGAAAGAUUCAGCCCAAAGAACUUCGGCCACUUCUUCCUCCCAGAGCCAACCCCCUCCAUGCCCGGCAGUGAUAGCACAAGCCCGGAGAGCAGGAAAGUAGGUCUGGGAGAUGAAAAUGAUCUUGGAACCCAAUCACAAGCCCUACCAGUAUCAUCCAGGAACAAACCAAGCUCUGAUGUUGAAUCCAACGAUUCAUGCUCAGCAACAUCAAGCUAUGGUCCGCCAAAUCGUGGACUUCCUGAUUUUUUGAGUUCAAUUCUACUCUCCAUCAAAGAGAAGAUGAUGAAUCAGGCCAUGAAGGAGUUGCGCAGUAUUGCCGACGAAGGUCUCUGGGAAUUCGUCGAGCGCCACAGCGACGCCGAUACAGAAGAUUUAACCUCUCUAUCUGUAUCGGAUGAAGAGAUGGACAAUGAACCAACAGAUGCCGGCGGCCAAAGCGUUCGACAAUUGUCAAGCUCAGGAAGCUCCAAUAUGUCCCAGUCGACUAAUACUUCGGCUACCCAAGGCAGCAACAACGGGAAGCGACCAGCAAGCGGCUCGGGUCCGGAUGGUGGCGAUGGCGGCCGUGGAGGAAAGCGUCGCAGGCCAGCUCCGACGACAGACAAUGGAAUUGAACCUCCUUCGAGGAGGCUAAGCUGCCCGUAUUUCAAGAAAGACCCUGGAAGGCUCAGGAGCAAUCAUUCUUGCUCCAAGCCUCCGGGAUUCGAGAACGCGAACCGAGUCAAUUGGAACAAGAUUCUGAUCCAGAGAUAUUUAGAGAGCAUAUUUACCGGGCUCACCGUAGAGAAGCUUAAGUCAAAGAAGGACUUGAAGGGUCUCAGCGAGGAGGACAAGUGGAGAAAGAUGUAUCGGAUCAUUUUCGGGCUGAAUGAAGAUGCGGAGACCCCAAGCCCUUACUUCGAGCCAUCAGGUUGGUACAUGGAAAAGUUUCGGGCGUACUGUGGCAAGCGGCUUCCGAAUCUUGUGAGGAGGAAACUCGAGGACCAACUCGAGGACGAACUCAAAGCUUCCUUGCUGAAUAUGUUGAUGACCACCAUGCAGCAAUGCCAGGAGGAACUUUUUACUUCAUUCAUGGAAGCGGAGAAGUCUGGCUCGCUGGAUAACGAUGAAAUCGAGGAGGACAGCGAUGUGGCUCAAGCCUUGGAUUGGAGUGAUUUCCAGCUACCGAGCAAUUCCCUUUGGUUCCCAGAUUAUGGACAGCCUUUCUCUAGUUUUAAUUCCCCAGCCGAUUUUCUUUAA